AUGAAACUGACGGUGCCUUUGGAGCCCAAGUUGCACACGGCAGCGAGAGCUCUUGGAACCGGUUACACUCCGAGGUCGGAGACCCCGAAGGACGUGGUCGAUCAGGCUGACGGCCUGGCAGUUGCGGCUGAGAAGUUCUCCAGUCGUCUUCGAGAAGCUAGCAAUCUCAGAUGGAGCGGCAAGCCCACAGUGCCGAUCUCGCCGAAACUAGCUCAUAUGAGGAGCCGGUCGAGACCAAUGGGCACGGUGAGCCGCAUACGGCAGACUGCAGCUCCCGGUGCCGGUUCACUGCGUAAUAGCUCUCGUGACACUGAGACCAGCGCGGCAUCGACGGAUGGGCGAGACCAUGAGGGUGACGAUGGACCUCGAGCGGUCGAGAGUCUUGCUGUUGAGAAAGCUUCAGCAAUCGAUUGCGAGAGAGCAGCGGAAGUCGAUGGACUGGCCGGCCCACAGCUUAUCGUGGGUUGUGAUCAGAGACAUCCUGGGCUCAAUCAGAGUGCUGUAGAGUUCGAGAGGUUCACGAGGCAUCCACUUGGCCCUGGUACUCCCAGCCACUCCCAAGACACGCCAAGGGUUGGUACCACACUGAGAGAGGAGGUGGGCUCUUUCGCCAAGCCUUGGGCCAAGACAGAUGUGGCCGAAUUCGGCGACUUUCCCUCUUCUUAG